AUGGCUAGCACGACGGAGAGUAAUGAAGUGGCUAACACGAAGGAGGAUGGUGUAAAGGCAAGCGGCUCGGGUUCCCAACAAAAGGCGUUGCCCAACCUGCCUAAACUAGGUGGAAAGACCCUUAGGGGACAAGGAAUCAUUCAGCGUGCGCAAAGGGUUAUGAGACCCCGGGACAAGCCACAACCUCCCAGUCCCGUUACAGAGGAUGAAGCGGCGGAAUGGAGCAAGGAGGACCAGGCGAACGCCGGACCUGCUUCGACGAUUGGGAAACAGAAUGAGAAUCAGAAGCAGGCCUGA